AUGUAUGGAGCUACUUAUGUUCAGGAGACGACGGAGAAGGUCCGUGUUGUGAGGCUGAACAUGAAGGAGGCUCAGGAUAGACAGAAGAGUUAUGCAGAUAGACGCAGACCAGAGCUUGAGUUUCAGGUGGGAGAUAGAGUGUAUCUCAAGAUGUGGUUCUACAUAGGAGACUUGGGAGCCAGAGGCAAAGAUGAAGUUGAAGUUCAGGAAGUGGUUCGACAAGCAGGUGGAGGAGAUUUGUCGUAUGUCUCAGGAUCAGGUGAGGAUCUCCAGUGUUGCGGCCUUGCGAGGUCGGGUUUUGUGGUCUUUGUGACGUUUGGAGUUGGGAUUUGA